GCAGCUCUGGGUGACGCUUCUCCAAUAACAGCUCGCGGGGAGCCGCAGCUCAGGCUCAGCCAGCGCCGGGUGCCCCUCCGUGCCAGCCCGCCCGCCCGGCCGCCACCAUGAGGGCUGAGGGGGACGGCGGCCUGGAGCGCUUCUCCAGCCCGGGCAAGGGCCGGGGUCUGCGGGCCCUGCGGCCCUUCCAGGUGGGGGAGUUGCUCUUCUCCUGCCCGGCCUACGCCUACGUGCUCACGGUCAACGAGCGGGGCAACCACUGCGAGCACUGCUUCGCCAGGAAGGAAGGACUGUCCAAAUGUGGAAGAUGCAAGCAGGCAUUUUACUGCGAUGUGGAGUGUCAGAAAGAAGAUUGGCCUAUGCACAAGCUGGAAUGUUCUCCCAUGGUUGUUUUUGGGGAAAACUGGAAUCCCUCAGAGACUGUAAGGCUCACUGCAAGGAUUCUGGCCAAACAGAAAAGCCACCCAGAGAGGACACCUUCAGAGAAGUUGUUAGCCGUGAAGGAGUUUGAAUCACAUCUGGAUAAACUAGACAACGAGAAGAAGGAUUUGAUUCAGGGUGACAUUUCUGCUCUGCAUCGCUUUUACUCCAAGCACCUCGAAUUCCCCGACAACGAGAGCCUGGUAACACUCUUCGCCCAGGUUAACUGUAAUGGCUUCACAAUUGAAGAUGAAGAACUUUCUCAUUUGGGAUCAGCAAUAUUUCCUGACGUUGCAUUGAUGAAUCAUAGUUGUUGCCCCAAUGUCAUUGUGACCUACAAGGGGACCCUGGCGGAAGUGAGAGCCGUACAGGAAAUCAACCAGGGAGAGGAGGUUUUUACCAGCUACAUCGACCUCCUGUAUCCCACAGAAGAUAGGAAUGACCGGCUAAGAGAUUCUUAUUUCUUCACCUGCGAGUGCCAGGAGUGCACCACCAGAGACAAGGAUAAGGCCAAGGUGAAAAUCCGGAAGCUCAAUGAUCCCCCAAAGGCAGAAGCCAUCCGUGACAUGGUCAGAUACGCCCGCAACGUCAUCGAGGAGUUCCGGAGAGCCAAGCACUACAAAUCCCCUAGCGAGCUGCUGGAGAUUUGCGAGCUCAGCCAGGAGAAGAUGAGCUCUGUGUUUGAGGACAGUAACGUGUACAUGUUGCACAUGAUGUACCAGGCCAUGGGCGUCUGCUUGUACAUGCAGGACUGGGAAGGAGCCCUGCGAUACGGACAGAAAAUCAUUAAGCCCUACAGCAAGCAUUACCCACUGUACUCCCUCAACGUGGCCUCCAUGUGGCUGAAGCUGGGAAGGUUGUACAUGGGCCUGGAAAACAGAGCUGCGGGGGAGAGAGCCCUGAGGAAGGCCAUGGCGAUCAUGGAGGUGGCUCACGGCAAAGAUCACCCGUACAUUUCUGAGAUCAAACAGGAAAUCGAAAGCCACUGAAACGAUGCCAACGUGGCAGUUUUACGUGCGUGUGCAGAAACCCUCAAGGAUUUGAAUAUUUCAAAUCCUAUAUGUCACUCCGGCACUUCUGCAAACUCAUUGUAAUGAAAACAGCAUUUGCACUUAAACCUCACACAGCAUACUUGGAAUUGGCUUUACUCUUUAACCUUAAGAUCACAUUCAUUUUUGAAUCUGCCUUUUUCCCUAAGAGAUGAUGGCAUGGUUUCAUAUAUUAUACUUUGGACAAGCUAAGUUUUAAAAAAUGUUAUUAUUUUUCCUUUCAUGCCUAUAAUUAUAAUGUUCUGAACACACCUGAAUGAUGGAAUAGAAUAAAAAAGGUAAUAGUAGCCGAAGUAUGUGUUUCCUUUUGUCUGUGGGGAGGAUUUCAGAGAGGCGGUGCGAGCCUCCUCGUGCCGUGGAGGACGCACAUGUUCUGCGUCAGCCAGGGCGCCCAUCCCUCCCCCAGCAUGGGAGUGCGGGGGGCUUCGGCAGCCUGAAUACAGUGCCUAUGAAGGAAGAAAGAAGAUGUGAGAAGGGAAAAGAACACACCUGUGGAAAGGAUUAGGCAAUGCAAACGGGCAGUUACUAAACAGUCACCGGGAGCGGAAGUUCCUCCCUUGACUGCGGUUACCUCUCCUUCCUCAUGGCCGCACACCCGCACACACCUCACGCGCGGUUCACAGCACACAGCCAGGCCCAGAAGGCAGGGUGCCUGCCCUCGUCCAGUCAAGGGCGAUGAGACCUAUAUUAAACACCUACUAUACAGUAAUGGCAGUCAAAUAGCAGUCAGAACAGUCAAUAACUCUCCCAGCACAGCAUAGGGAAUACAGUCAACACUGCAAUAACUACAUACGGAGCCAGGUGGAAGGCUAACCACUAUGCUGUGCACCUGAAACUAAUAUAGUAUCAAAUGUCAACUGUGAUUGGAAAAAAAAAUUAAAACGAGGAAAUGCAUGAAUUAAAUUUAAAAAUGGGGGGUGCUACAUGCAGGGGAGAACAAGUAAGUGGCCCGGGGCCCCUUCCCCCGGUCGGAGCAUGUGGCCGUUUGGGUCCUGCCAGCCGCCUGGCCGCUCUUCAAGGCCCACAGGUGCUUCAUGCGUGCCCCACUUCCUGGCCGUUUCCUCCUCUGUCUGAAAUCAGACAUUCCAUCUCUCAUUCUGCUGAUUGGUUUGUGCCGUCCUCUCCUUGUCUGGAAACUCUCCACAGUAAGCUUGAGAAGGAGUAAAAAAAUUUCCUUACCAACUCUGUGUUGUUGAGCAAACACUGGUCUCUUCGCAGGCGACCGGAGAGCAGGAAUCCAGCUUCCCCACAGCCUGGAAG